GUCGCGGUGAAUGGGAAGUCACAGAAUUCAUCCCUAAAGAAUCAGUAUAGAGUCAUCGCUCAGAGCUAGGAUCUGGAGUUAGACUACCUAGACUCAAACAACCCAAACCGGCACAUCUGAGUUGUGCGACCUUGGAAAAGUAACUGCUCAGACCCUCAAGUUUCCUGUUUUGUACAAUGGAGUUGACAGUAGUACCUCCUUCAUGUGGUUGCUGAAGGAGCAGCGGCGCCAAGAUGAGCGGAGAGGAGAACCCAGCCAGCAAGCCCACGCCGGUGCAGGACGUGCAGGGCGACGGACGCUGGAUGUCCCUGCACCAUCGGUUCGUGGCCGACAGCAAAGAUAAGGAACCCGAAGUCGUCUUCAUCGGGGACUCUCUGGUCCAGCUAAUGCACCAGUGCGAGAUCUGGCGGGAGCUCUUUUCUCCUCUGCAUGCACUUAACUUUGGCAUUGGCAGUGAUAGUACACAACAUGUGCUUUGGAGACUGGAGAAUGGGGAGCUGGAGCACAUCCGACCCAAGAUUGUGGUGGUCUGGGUGGGUACCAACAACCAUGGGCACACAGCAGAGCAAGUGACUGGUGGCAUCAAGGCCAUUGUGCAACUGGUGAACCAACGGCAGCCCCAGGCCCGGGUCGUGGUGCUGGGCCUGCUUCCGAGGGGCCAGCACCCUAACCCACUUCGUGAGAAAAACCGGCGAGUGAACGAGCUGGUCCGGGCAGCAUUGGCUGGCCACCCACGGGCCCACUUUCUGGAUGCCGACCCUGGCUUUGUGCACUCGGACGGUACCAUAAGUCACCACGACAUGUACGAUUACCUGCAUCUGAGCCGCCUGGGCUACACACCUGUCUGUCGAGCCCUGCACUCCCUGCUUCUGCGUCUGCUGGCCCAAGACCAGGGCCAAGGUGGCUCCCGGCCAGAGGCCACACCCUAAGCAUCCUCCUGCCCCAACAUUAAAUUCUCAUUCCUUCGUC